ACGUCAACAUUUUAGAGCUAGGCAAAACUGCGGCCUGGUUGCCAGAAGCAGUCCAUCCUGGUCCGUUGAUAGCGAAUUCUAAAGUCAUUGAUCCCUUGUAUUGUUCUGCUUUCAAGUCAUGUCGGGAAGUGACAAUGACUCUGUAGACAUGGCAAGAUCUGGAUCUCCUGUUUACCACAGAAAAAAACACAGUAUGGAGUCAUCGAAAUCUCCCAGAACCUCCAAACACCACCAUUUAAAGUCUAAGUCACGCUCGCGCUCCAGGGACCGAAAAAGGGACAGAAAACACAGACGAAGUCACAGCAGGAGCAAAGAGGCACGAAAACGGGAUUCUGACAAACCAUCAAAGUCGCACAGAAAAACAGGGGAGCAGCAAGACCAAGACAGACUUGGUCCAGCGGAGAAUGGAGACGAGCGAUCCAGGCGCAAGGAGAGGAGAUCUUCGAGGGGUCGAAGCUUGUCCAGAUCACAUUCAAGAGAGAGGCGACACCACAGCAAAAGUAGAGACAAAAGGCGGUCUCGAUCACGCAGCCGCGACAGAAAGAAGAAGGCCAGGUCUCGCUCAGGCUCAAAGACCAAACAUCAUCGUCACAGCAGAAGUCGCAGCAGGAGUAGGGAACGCAAGAAGAAGAUUGAGAAAGUUAUCAGAAAGAGCCGCAGCAGGUCGGUUAGCCCAAUAAUUUUCCGUGGUCGAAACACAGCUAUGGAUGCACAAGAGGCCCUCGCCAGAAGACUAGAAAGAGCUAAAAAGCUACAGGAGCAGAAGGAGAAAGAAAUAUUUGAAAAGCAGCAGCAACAACAGGAAAUUUCUACAGCAGCUCCUGUUGCAGCCACUUCAAACCCUGCUCUCAAUGUGGCUGCCCUCCUGGCUUCUGGGACACAAGUCACGCCUCAGAUUGCCAUGGCGGCACAGAUGGCAGCGCUUCAAGCCAAAACUCUUGCAGAGACUGGUAUUGCUGUGCCCACCUAUUACAACCCCUCUGCUGUAAACCCAAUGAAGUUUGCAGAGCAGGAGAAAAAGAGGAAAAUGCUGUGGCAGGGAAAGAAAGAGGGGGACAAGUCCCAAACAGCUGAGCUGUGGGAGAAGCUAAACUUUGGAAACAAGGACCAAAACGUCAAAUUUCGGAAACUAAUGGGUAUCAAGGGAGAUGAUGAAGCAGAAGCCUCUAAACCGAUCAACGAGGAAGGCCUAAAAACUCUUCAGAAACAGGAGGAGAUGUUCCGAAAUCUUGACGUCCAGUACGAGAUGGCCCGUUCCCAGACACACACCCAGCGGGGAAUGGGCCUCGGCUUCACGUCUUCGUUCUCUCGUGGAAUGGAUUCAGUUUAGUGCCUGUGAUGCUCAUCGCCAAUCAUUCGAUCGUACGAAACUACCAAGUCAUCAAUAGCCCUCAAGCUUGCACGGAAGUCGCUUCAAAUUUGUAAUUUAUUUAUAGACAAAGGUCUCACAUAUUGUAACGUUAUAUUGUAAAUAGCAAUACACUGAUUUCAUCUCAGUGUGUGUAUGUACAUCUUUGGAAAAGGAUGCAUCAUGUUGACUUGUUGAUGCUGAAUAUACAUUUGUUUUCAAUGUUGUGGUAACUUUUUUUAAAACCCAAUAUGUACAUUAUGUUGUGACUGAGUGGACACCAAAUACACCCGUUUAGAAAGAGGCAUUGAAGGUUACCGUAGCACUGGAAUUUCUCAGCUUUGGAAAAGACUCAAAUGUCUCUUAAAUUGCCUUGAGAUGAUUAAUGCAUACAAUGACCUUUUUUUCUGAAAUGUUUCUGAAUUAAAUGGUUUUGUGUUAGGAGAA